AUGGUGCAAGUCAAGGCGCCCUCGCAGGCGGCGGGGAGCACGCCUCUGGACCUCGUCGCGGUGCUCGACGUCAGCGGGAGCAUGGCGGGGCCCAAGCUAGAGGAGGUGAAGCGCGCCAUGGGGUUGGUCGUCGACAGCCUCGGCGCCCGCGACCGCCUCAGCGUCGUCGCCUUCUCCGACGACGCGCGGCGGGUCGUCCCCCCGACGCGCAUGUCGGGGGACGGGAAGGCCGCGGCCAGGCUCGCCGUGGAGUCCCUCGUCGCGGCCGGCUCGACCAACAUCCGAGCCGGUCUCGACGAGGCGGCCAAGGUGCUCGAGGAAUGCCAGCACGACGGCGACGUCGCCGGCGUCAUCCUCCUCUCGGACGGUUACGACAACUACAGCGCGUGUCGCCGGAGCCUACUCCACAGGAAUAAUCCGACAGACGACUACAGCGACCUUCUGCCACCGUAUCUCGUGCUCGAUAAGGGCUGGCGGGGCACGCCGGUGCACACGUUCGCGUGGGGCUCCGACCACGACGAGGAGGCCCUGCACGGCAUCUCGGCGGCGACAGGCGGCACGUUCUCCUUCAUCGAGAACCACGCGUCCAUCCAGGACGCGCUGCCGCCGUGCGUCGGCGGGCUCCGAUCGAACAGUGGCGCCGAUGACGAGGAGGCCUGGGUCAGCGUCGGCGAGCUGUACGCGGACGAGGAGAGGCGCUUCCUCUUCUUCUUCGAUGUCCAGAGUACCGACGACGCCGACUACGACUCCCACACCGAGCGUCUCUUCAAGGUUAGCUGCGAGUACAUGGACAUGGCGACCGGGCAGGUUAUUUCCGUGAGACCGGCAGACGAGUACACCGAGGUGCUAAGGACCCUCGACGGCGCGCCGGAGGCAGCGCCGUCGAUGGAGGUCGAGCGGGAGCGCCUCCGCGUGGAGGCGGCGGAGGACGUGGCCCUAGCCCACGCGGCCGCAGAGCGCGUGGCCUAA